AUGACCAUCACACACACCGUUCUGUUCCAAUUCAAGGAAGGCAUCUGCGAUCACUUCAUCACUCUCAAGACCCAAUGUGUCCAUCCCACGAGUAACAAGCCUUAUAUACAGACACUUCAAGGCGGCAAAGACAACUCCCCUGAGGGCAUGCAGAAUGGAUUGACGCACGGCUUCGUGGCUACUUUCAACUCGGCCGAAGACAGAGAUUACUACGUCAAGACGGAUCCCGCUCAUCAAGCCUUCAUUGCCAAGAUCAAGGAGCUGUUGGAGAAGGCUGUUGUGGUUGAUUUCGAGAAUGGGGUUUUCUAG